CGCUUUCUACCUAGGGGUUGCGGUAUAGGCAACAACACAAUCACUUCCAAACGGAAUCUUCUUUUUCAAAAGAGAUAGGAGCUUGAGGCUUUGGAUAGAGUGGACAUCACCAAAAAGCGCCAUUUAAUAUUAUCGAACUGGCAGGAUGCCAUCCGCCGAUCAAGAUGAACUAUGGCUGGCGAUCAAACAGAUCUCCCAGUCGUCCUCUGACUCCGAUUAUAUCGAGCAUUUGGUCCCUGUCAUGAAGGACCCCCGGUACUCAAAUCAGCUAAUGCAAGCUUUCAGCCAAUUCGCCAGUGAUAGAGACCGAGAAAUCGAAAGAAUCUGCAAUGCAAACCACCAGGAAUUCGUCAGCUCCGUCAAUCAGCUCCUGCAGGUCCGGGAGGGCACGGUCCAAAUGACUACCCAGAUUCUGGAAUUGAAUGAGUCAAUCCAGGAAAGCAUCCAGAAACUAGCAGCACAGAAGAAGGCGCUUGUCGAUUCCCGGAGCGUGAGGCAGAAUGUGAACGAGGCGGACCAGGCCUUGAAUGCUUGUCUCAACGUUUUAAGGCUUGCAAAUCAAGUGGUAGAUCUUCUCAAGGAGAAAAAUCAUUAUGCAGCCUUGCGCGCGUUGGAUGAAUUGCAAACGAUUCAUCUGAAAGAGGUUAGCCGGUACAAGAUCGCUGAAUUGAUUGAGAGAUCAGUGCCGGCUACUCAGAAAAUGAUCGCGGAAGCGGUCAUGGCCGAUUUGAACACUUGGCUCUAUCGCAUUCGCGAAACGUCACAAUUCUUAGGAGAGUUUGCUUUUUACUACACAGAGGACGUGCGCCGGACACGGAAUAGAGAAAGGGGAGAGACCGAUGAGCGUUUUGCCAAAUUCAAGCUCAAUUCUGCCAUGGAGCUCGUCGCAGAUGAGAUGGACGAGUUCGACAUCCUCAACAACGAGGAAGCGGACCUCGAAGUCGACUUCACCCCUCUAUUCGAAGCAAUGCACAUUCAUGAAACUCUCGGUAAAAGUGACUCCUUCAGAACGACGUAUGCUGCUACUCGACGGACACAAAAAGAUUUGCUCAUUCCGCAACAACUGAACCUGCUCGACGAAGACGGCUCGGACUUAAGUAGUCUGCUGGAGAGUAUUGCUGGCUUUGGGAUCGUUGAGAAGGCUACUAUGGCUAAGACGGACAACUUCCGGCAGUUGUCAGAUGUUGAUGAACUAUGGGAUUCCAUGUGUCAGAGCGCAGUUGCCCUGAUAUCAAAAAACUUAUCCUUGGUGAAUAAUGAUGAAAGAUUAUUGAGAAUCAAGGGGCAGAUUGCAUUGUUCAUGCUCACCAUGGAGAAAUGGGGUUAUUCUGUUUCUGCAAUGAACGACCUCCUCUUGACUUUGUUCGAAAAGUAUUCUGAGCUACUCAAAGCGCGCUUCAGUGAAGAUUUCCUAGAGAUCGUCAACACAGAUGACUACAUGCCCAUGCCCAUCAAUAGCAUUGAAGAGUAUGACAAAGUGGUCACUGUCAGCUGGUAUAGCCCGGACAAAGAGCGCGAUCAACUUACCUUCCCUUGCGUUCUCCCGUUCUCACAAAUGUAUCCACUCUGCUGCAUUGAUAUUCGGAACUUCCUAAACCAGAUAUAUCUGUUCUCGGAUGACUAUUUUCAACGCUCAACGGUCAUCGAUGAGACACUCCGUGAAUCACUAGAUGAAUUGCUGUGCGAUAAAGUUUGCAAAUCGCUUGUUGAGCGUUUGGCUUCGCAAUACCCCGGACAGAUCGUUCAGAUUCUCACUAAUCUGGAGCAUUUUGAAACCGCCUGUACCGAGCUUCAGGACUUACUAUUCCAAGCCAGAUCCUCGCCUUCUGCCACCGGACCAAUUAUUCUUCAAGCCACCGAAGAGUUCAAGACUGCAAAGAAGACAGCCUCUGACCGCAUUUUCGAGCUUGUCAACUCUAAGAUUGAUGAUCUCAUCGAAACAGCAGAAUAUGACUGGAUGGCAUCCAAGGCAAACAGCGAGCCAAGCAACUACAUGCAAGAGCUCACGCGCUAUCUCUCCAAUAUCAUGAACUCCGUUCUUCUCGCUCUUCCUACCGACAUCAAGGAGUUUAUCUACUUCGAUGCGCUUAGCCAUGCAUCCACCGCUAUCCUAGACCUCACUCUUGAUGACAGUGUGAAGCGUAUCACUCCCGCCGCAGUCCAAAGUCUUGCCAAGGACACGGCCUUCCUUUCCUCUUUCGUCGAGAGCCUAAACAAUCCCAUUUUGAUGGAGAAUUUGGAUGAAUUGACCCAGACGAUCGCGCUCAUGGGUACUGAGAAUUCGGACGAGUUCUUUGAUGUUGCGCAAAGAAACAGGAAGUAUGGAAAGGUUGAUAGCAUGAAGGGCGCUAUCCUGAUCGAAAAAGUUUCGGAAGGUGCUGCUGUCGCUGCUCAAAGCCCAACCAAACCAAGCGCCUCCGACCGCUUCGGUACUCUUGGAUCGAGAUUCGGUAUCCGAUAAGAUUUGAAGUACUUCUCUUUGUUUCCUGCGAGUUUUCUGCGAGGCUGUCUGUUAGUGUACUAAUUACUGUAGCAUGGCUUGCGUGGCGUUUUCAAAACUUUGUCUAUAGAAGCUGUAUCAAAACGGCCAUGGAUAACAUUUAUUGGUGCAAUUCAGCGAAUUCAAUUAUGC